AUGUCCAGCCAGGGAAUCCCACUCAAGGUUAUCCAGCCGACUGCCGACACAACGCAUAAGGCAGAGGCCCUCCAGUCCCAAAUUCAUAUAGUGCGCAGCACUGCCAAUAUCUUUACCAUUUACCGAACCGCCAACACAUCGCAGCUAUGUCUGCUGUUUCUAUCAGGAUGCUGCGCAAUAGUCGCGGGCGCAGCAAUGCCUCUAGUGAUAGUCGUGUAUGGAAACUUUGCACGCGAGUUCAUCACCGGAGAUAACAAUGCACCGGACGAAAUUCGAGACCGUGUUCAGAGUCUCGCGCUCUACUUGGUGUAUAUUGCAAUCGGGUCUCUGAUCACGACUGCCAUCAGCACAUUUGGCUUCAACACCAUCGGAGAGCAAAUCUCGCGCCAGCUUCAGCAGAAAUACCUCGCUUCAGCCUUGCGGCAGAAUAUGGCUUAUUUCGAUGUGGUCGGUAUUGGCGAGUUGACGUCUCAUAUGGAUCAGGAUAUGAAGCUUAUCCAAGCUGGUAUCUCGCAAAAAGUUGGUGAGCUUCUUUCUGGGUUGUCUGGCUUUGUUGUUGCAAUUAUCUGCGCGUUCAUCCAGAAUGGGCGCUUUGCAGGCAUCAUGAUCUCUCAACCGAUUGCCCUGCUUACACUCAUCGGCGUGAUGGGGGGAUUUUUAAGUUUAACACAGCGAAGGAGUCUAGCUCAGUACGUCAGAGCAGACAAUUUGGCCCAGGAAGUGCUCAGCGCCAUGAGAAGCGUCAUUGCUUCUCGAAGCCAGGAAAGGUAUGGCAAAAGGUAUUACGAAGCGUUGCGACAUCCAGCAGAAUUGGACUUUCGGGAGCGCUUUAUCUUCGGUAUGCUUGUUGCAGGGUCUUUCAUGGUUAUGCACUGGGCGAACGGGUUGGGCUUCUGGCAGGCUGACCAUCUCCUCCGCCAAGGGCAUUGCACUAUUUCGGAAGUCUUGACAAUUCUGUAUGCAAUGGCCGUUGCGGGUGGAAUGCUAAGCCAAGCAUUGCCAUCCAUUGUCAAUAUCACCCAGGCCAACGCGGCUGUCAGCCGUGUCUUUUCGGUCAUUGAGCGGGAAUCACCGAUAGAUCCUUCUGCAAGUACCGGGGUGACGCAUAGUCGGGUCAGAGGAGAUAUUAGCUUCGAAGAUAUACACUUUACGUAUCCUUCGCGGCCUGAAGGGAAGGUUUUGAAAGGUGUCGAUUUUGUUGUACCUGCUGGACACACUGUAGCGUUUGUUGGACCAUCUGGGUCUGGGAAAUCAACCGUGUUUGCCCUUUUAGAACGACUGUACCAUCCACACAGUGGUCGGAUCAUGCUGGAUGGCGAGCCGAUUGAUGCCAUGAACGUCGCGCGGCUAAGGUCGCAGAUUGGGUAUGUCGGUCAGGACGUCACCUUGUUCCGUGCAUCAAUACACGAUAAUAUCGCAUAUGGGCUUCCCAAAGCUGCCGCUGAGCUCGUAAUCGAGGCUGCCAAAGUUGCCCAAAUUCACGAUUUCGUUGCGAGUAUGCCCAAGGAGUACAACACCAUGAUUGAGGCACAAGGAUCAAAUCUCUCAGGGGGUCAGAAGCAGCGUCUUGCCAUUGCCCGUGCAAUCAUCUCUCAACCAGCUAUAUUACUGCUGGAUGAGGCCACGGCUGCACUUGACAGUCAGUGUGAAAAAGCAGUUCAGGAGGCGCUGGACAAAGUCGUCAAAGGACGAACUACCUUGAUAAUAGCCCACCGGCUGUCGACAGUCCAGAAUGCUGACAAUAUCAUCGUCAUGAAGGACAAUCAGAUCCUAGGCCAAGGCUCCCAUGCGGAGUUGUUGAGUACAUCUGCGAUGUAUCGAGAAUUAGUGAGGCAUCAGGCACUUGAAGCAUUCCAUCGAUCAGAGGGAGACAGGCUUAUCAGACAACGGCCGCACUCGUUGAGCACUCAUGAAGAACAUUCCAAAGAUAUCCUGGUCAAAUUUGAUACGGUGGACAUACCAGAGGACGGCCUAUUAGCAGUACGGUCGUCCAGUAGCAGUGUCGGGCGUGUUUGGAGUCUCAAUAGACCAGAGUUUCCUUACAUAGCCGCUGGCGUGAGCUUCAGCGUUCUGGCUGGAAUAACAUAUCCUGUUCAAGCAAUCUUCUUUGGUAACGGGAUCAUGUCAAUGAUUAAUCCUAGCCUCAGUACCGGUGGACAUAAUGUUGAAUUCUGGGCCACCAUGUACCUUACCCUCGGUAUUAUCGCAUUUGUCGUUUAUUCGGUACGGGGAUAUUGCUUUGCCGUGUCCGCAUCACAGUUGGUUCUCCGAGCCCGCUCGCAGUUGUUCAAACAUCUGCUUGUGAACGAUCUCCCCUUCUUCCAAGACAAGGACAAUUCGAUUGGUGCAUUGGUCAGCUUCCUUGCAUCUGGGCCUCGGCAAAUCACUGGUGUUUCGGGAACAUCACUGGGGCUUGUGGCUGAAAGCAUUGUGAUGCUCGCGACAGGAAUUACCAUCGGGUGUAUCUUUGGGUGGAAGCUUGGUCUUGCUGCGACAGCAACGGUCCCAUUAGUAGUUGUUUCCGGCUUUAUGCAAUACCACACUGUGGCGCGAGUACAGGAAUACAUCAAGCGUGACACUAGUGCUGUGGCUAUUGCACAUGAAGCCCUUUCUGCCAUCAAGACUGUGACGGUUCUUGGUCUGCAGAAGGCCAUCAGUGCAUCGUUCGAAAGUGCAAGCCAUCGAGACAGCCAACGCAAAUACUGGCUGAUGUUUGCUGCGACAUAUGCGUGCACUACCUCCCUCCGGGCGUUGAGCAUCGCUUUCGUUUUCUGGUACGGCGGCACACACCUAAUCGCAACUGGCGAAUACAAUGUCCAGCAGUUCUUCAUCUGCUUCGCAGCCACGAUGUGGGGAUCUCAGUCUGCACUGGAGGAGCUGAUGCGCGCCGGAAUAUCAGCAGCCACCCACAGAAAGCUCAAUAAUGGCGACGCUGACGUGCCAACAUUGAAAGAUGUGAGUCUGAACGCUCCAGCGGGUGCCUUCAUUGCUCUCGUGGGUGCUACAGGCAGCGGAAAGAGUUCGGUCAUAAAUCUGCUGGAGCGCUUCUACACCGGUGAAACUGGCGCAAUAGCACUAGAUGAUAUGCCCAUUGAACAAUAUAACCUCGACAGUUACCGAGGGUAUCUAGCGCUGAGUGGUGAGCUGGUUGUAUUAGACGAUGAGAUCUUGGCCGCUUUGGAGGACGUUGGGUUAGCCGAUUAUGUGCUAUCACUCCCUCAAGGCUUAAGCACUCCAGUCAUGGCCAACGGAUCGACCCUGUCCGGGGGCCAGCGCCAGCGCAUGGCCAUCGCGAAGGCGCUUCUAUGUCGGCCAAAGAUUCUUCUGCUUGAUGAAGCAACUUCAGCACUAGACUCCGCCUCAGAGGAACUAGUUCAGAGGACACUUCAACGUGUGAUGAAGGGGCGAACGGUCAUCGCUGUUGCCCAUCGACUGAAGACAAUUGUCGAUGCUGAUGAAAUCUUGGUAUUCAAGCAUGGACAUAUUGUAGAAAGUGGGACCCACAAGGAGUUGAUGCAACUCGAGGGCGAAUACUGGCAGAUGGCCAGGUUACAGCAGGUGAUGGGAGAAGCAUGA